ACGAAACCGAAAGCCAGCUAUGGAGGUACUUCUCCUUCUACUUCCCCUUCUUACUCUUGUGUUACGUACGCAGACCGGCCUAAUCCAUGCAGUAUAUAUCAACCUGCAGAAACUCAUUUUCCUUGCUAUUCUGUUUGCUGCGACGACCCUUCUAUUUGGUUGUUCCUCCGCUGCCACGGUAGGACAACCAUGUGGCCUCCCGACUAUUGCGAACUGCGAUCCAGGCUUGCAAUGCGGGAAUUGCUUUGCGAACGGACAUUUCCUGCCACGAUGUACAAGAAUCAAACCUAUCAGUCCCCCUUCAGUGGUGAAGGGGCUUCCAUUUAAUCGCUACUCGUGGCUAACGGCACACAAUGCUUAUGCUAGGUUUGGAGCGACCACCGGAACCGGCAAUAAGAUUUGGUUUUCCACGACUCAAGAAGACUCUGUUACCAAUCAGCUUGACAAUGGUGUGAGAGGGUUAAUGCUGGAGAUGUAUGAAUUCAACAACAACAUCUGGUUAUGUCACGGACAGUGCAACAACUAUACAGCUUUUCAACCCGCAAUUAAUGUUCUGAAUGAGGUUCAAAAUUAUCUUCAAGCAAACCCAUGGGAGAUCAUCACCAUUAUCAUUGAAGACCAUGUUUCAACACCAAAGGGCGUGAGGAGGGUGUUUGAUGCUGCUGGCUUAAGCAAAUUCUGGUUCCCAUUGUCUCAAAUGCCAAAAAGUGGCGGAAAUUGGUCAACAGUAGAUGAUAUGGUCAAGAAAAAUCAGCGGUUGGUGGUUUUCACUUCAAACUCUUCUAAGGAGGCAUCCGAAGGCAUUGCCUAUCAGUGGAAUUAUGUGGUAGAAACCCAGUUUGGUGAAGGUGGGAUGAAUGCUUCUUCCUGCACAAACCGUGUAGAAUCAUCUCCCUUGAACACAACAACAAAGUCUCUACUAAUCUUCAACUAUUUUCGUAAUCAAGCAAACAUACUUGGAGUUUGUACCGAUAAUUCGGAUCCAUUAAUCACUAUGCUAAACAGCUGUUCUUAUGCGGCUGGUAAUCGAUGGCCUAACUUCAUUGCUGUUGAUUUUUACAAGAAGAGUGAUGGCGGUGGAGCUCCGGCGGCCGUGGAUGCAGCGAAUGGUCAUUUAAUUUGUGGGUGUGGAAAUAUUGCCCUUUGCAAGGAAAACAUGACUUUUGGAGCAUGUGACACACACUAGCUAGGCAGUUGUUGCCCUUGCGACUAAUAUUGCUGCAUGUAAUUGCUUGAGACAGACAGGGUGGCUUUUAUCUUUUCAUUAUCAAUGUAUUUUUUUUUUUUUUUUUAAUUUUAAUUUUCAGUUAUAUUUGCAAUUCUGUAUUAAAAAUUUUAACAUAAAAUCAUGUUUUCUCAUGGGUAAAUGAAUGGCGGAAUGCUGAGGGAGUCCUACCA